AUGUGGCUGCUGAAGAAAAACCUGCUCUGCUGGCUGCUCCUGUCAGCCAUAUUGGUGAAAACGGUUUACUGCGUCCCAACGGCAGCCGUUACUGAGGCGGACGACGAGAACGAUUCCGAGUGGGACGAGGACGAGGAGUCUUCCGAGGCGGACGACGACGGAAGGGUUUACAAGAAUCCCAGGAAUUCGCCGUCCACCGAAUGCCCGCGGGACGAGGAACAGGCGACGUUACUGGGCCAGAAAUGUUUGAGGAAAUGUUCGUCGGACGAGGACUGCAAGAGCAAGAAGAAGAAAUGUCUGUGUGAUGGAGCUUGCGGUAUGUCCUGCAUCAAACCGGAUCGCGAAUGUCCCGACCUAGCGCAGCCUAGUCUGGGGUCCGUAACGCUGUCCGGGAAGCACUUUGGUUCUCGUGCCACCUACACCUGUCCCCACGGGUAUCACGUGGUCGGGUUGCAGAGUCGCCUGUGUCAAGCGGACGGAAGCUGGGCUGGUAGUGAACCUGUUUGCAAGCAGAAUAUCUACUGUCUGGAACCACCGACUAUCGAGCACGCGAGACAUUCGGCCCUUCCCGAGCAGGCCACGUUUGAUCUGGACUCGACGGUGCAGUACCACUGCCAUACCGGAUAUGCUACGGCCGGCUUUCCUCGAGCCAAGUGUCUGGCAGUCGACGGACAGGCUAGCUGGUACGGACCGGAUAUAUCGUGCGAGCCACGCUCCUGCGGACAACCACCGGAUCCGGCGCAUGGCUGGCAUGCCGGAGAAAGCUACACGUUCGGCGGAAAGGUCACUUACCACUGUGGCGAAGGGUACGAGCUGGUCGGAAGAGCCGAACGCUACUGCCAAGCCGAUGGAUCGUGGACUCCGAAGGAACUGCCGACCUGUGUUCUGGUCACCUCGGUGCAAUGCCCUUCGCCGGAGAACCCACGCAACGGAAAGGCGAUCUACACCAGCACCUCGUACAACUCGGUCGUGAGCUACGAGUGUCGCUAUGGCUACACACUGGUCGGUGAAAGUUCCCGUCGCUGUGGAGCGGAUAAGCGUUGGACUGGCACACUUCCUGCGUGUAAAGAGAUCAACUGUGGCCAUCCGGGAACGCUGUACAACGGAUGGUUGGAAAACAUCGAGAGUGGAACAGGGCUCGGAGCGAGCAUCAUCUUCCGCUGCCAUCCGGAGAUGCUGCUGGUGGGCAACACGUCCUCGGUGUGCCAAAUCGAUGGCCGUUGGCGGUACCCACUACCACAGUGUCUCGCACCCUGCGUCGUUCCGUCGAUCUCGCAAGGACAGGUCAUCCCGAUCGAGUUCGAUAUCGAUGUCAAUUCGACGACGGUGGUACCGACUGCGGGGGGAAGUGGCAGUAGCAGCACCAGCAGUUCGAAAGUAAAGCAUGGCACCGUGUUGGAGGUGAUCUGCGACGAACACUACGAGUUCCCGUUCUCUUCCCUCUCGCCACCGACGUGCAAUAACGGCACGUGGAGCGUGAUUCCUCGGUGUGCUCCGGCUCGCUGCAAGACGAUGCCUAAGCCACCCAAGUUCGGCAUGGUACUGGCACCGAAGACCGAGCACGGUAUGCGGGCGCGGUUCAAGUGCAAGGACGGAUACAACCUGACGGCACCGGGUGGGAAACCGAUCCCGGAUCCGAGCAACUACGUGCUCAUCUGUUCGUUCGGCAACUGGACCGGCGAGAUGCCGCAGUGCACGGAAGUGUACUGUCAGUUCCCGGGUUACAUUCCCAACGGGAAGGUGUUGCUGGUUGGCAACAUGGGCCUGUACGACUAUCGCCCGUAUGUGCGGAAGGUUAUCAACAACAAGCAGAUCAUGUACGAAUGCGACAAAGGGUACGUAAUCGACACGGGCCCACCGGGUGCGACCUGUAUUGGUGGCAAGUGGAGUCCGGUAGAGCUGCCGAUCUGCAUCCCUGGCCAGCAUCCCCGGCUAAGGUGGAACCGUCGGCGACGAUCGUUGGAUCUACGGCGUCGUUUCAAUCGAUCCAAUCAUCUGAAGCAACACUACCGGUAUCUUAUGCGCCAGCUGGAGGAACACGACGCCUACCGGCGUGCACCUGAAUACCCACCGCACGUGUUAACCAAGCGAUCAUCCGCGAUCGGAUCUGGUGCCCUGUACCGGGGACAGCUGAGACCACAUAAGCGACACUACACCUUUGACGACUUUCAACGGCUGCGGGCAAAGCGUAGCCUCGAGGCUGUGGUUCGAAAUGAGGCGAUGGUACGUGGCGCUCAUCACACCCAACCGAUGGUACGUGAACGACGCGACCUAUCGGAAGACGACAAGGCGUACAGCAAGUACUAUGAGCGCCUCAAGACUAAGUACCGGAACUACGUGCAGAACUUACUCGGGUUCAAUAAGGCACGUACGUUGCCUACGAACGACGGUAUUCACGUGCAGGAUGGUCGGUGGCAUUCGUAUCCGCCAGAAUCGGACACGGACAAUAACCGUAAUCGGGGUGUGCAGAAUGGGCGUGAUGGGGAUGGUCCGGAACGUUCUAUCGCACCGACACACCAUAGUCCAACCACUAGACGACCGAGACCGCUGGGGCGGAAGGGCAAAAACGGUAACAAGACGCGCCGACCGAAGGUUCAGCCGCCUAUAACCAUCCCGGACAUCAACGAGCAAUCACGCUAUCGGUUGGACUUUAUCGAGAGCGCUGAAGUCACUCCCAAUCGCACCAUUGCGGACCAUCUGAACGAGAACGACAUCUAUAGCAACUACUUUCCACCGCCGCUAACCGGUCGGUAUCACACGAGCUGGCAGUUUGCUUCCGAGGUUACGCCGGGCCACCAUCGGCCCGAGGGAAACCAGUACCGAGGUGGUGCAGUAGGGAACGUGUACUCACAUUCGCGCCGUAAUCGUACCGAGCUGUUGGAGGACGAAAACCCGCGCGCCCUCAUGGAGAAGUUGCAGUCACAGAUUAUACGAAGGCGCAAGCGUGAUACGCAAGCAAAGGAUCUUGGAGGUGGUGGUCAAGGUGGCCUGCACACGGUGGAGGAUUCCAAGCGAGGCCAGAAGGAACGUAGCCGGAAGGCGGCCGGCUCUGGGAACGCGACCGACGCCGAUGGUCUCGAUCCGGCGAAGAAGGUGAAGUUCAAGGGACCUUGUGAGCCGCUGGCGAGUGAAUCGUACGCUCAGCUGGAGAUUGUGCGACCUGGCAAGGAUCCGAAUGAGACGUUUGGACCGGGUACGAUCGUGCGCGUUCACUGCACGCAGGGAUACGUCUCGAACAUUGUCAAUCCGAAUGCGACGGCCAAAUGUGUGCGAGGUCGCUGGAAGCCCACCAAGCCGACGUGCAGCAUGAAGCCCUGCUUUGUGCCGUCGACUGAGCAUGGUAAAUAUUACGACGCCGCAGUUGAUCUGACGACCCUGGACACGGUAAAGCCGACCACGGCCGCCCUCACUCCGAUGGAGACGAUCGAGAAUGGGAAAAUGAUAAACUUCCAGUGUGACCAUGGCUACAACACGCAGGGACCUUCUAAUUUGCGAUGCUGGAAUGGCGAUUGGGCGGUCGUUUCGUUACCGGAGUGCUUGCCCGCACCCUGCGUUCUUCCGCCGAUCAUGCAUGCGAUGUAUCAGGGUGGAUACCGGGCAGGUCUGACGAUUGCGCAUGGCAGUUCCGUCAUGAUUCAGUGCGAAAGCGGAAUGGGAAACAGCGCCCCGGUGCAAAUGGACUGUGCCCUUGGAUCGCUGACGCCGGAAACGAUCAACUGUGGGUACAUUUCAUCCCGGAAGUCGCGCGACGACGACUCGAGCUCCAUCAUCGUGCUCGAUGGCAAUAACGUCACCUCGUCGGAGGACGAAAACGAUGGGCGUGAGUGUGGACCGCCGGGCAAGAUCCACGGCUCGCUGGUGUACAAAAAUGGCGAGCAGAUGGACGAGGGCAGCGACGAGGGCUUCCCGUCCGGUACGGAAAUCACGUUCGAUUGCAUCGCCUCGAUCACCGGCGAGCAGACGACGUGGAAGAUCAUCUGCGAGGAUGGCCAGUGGAUUGGACGCUCGAUGAAUUGCGAGGACGACGACCCGCUGUACCACCGGAUGCCGUCGGCCAACGGGUCGUGCAUGUUCCGCAACAACGAGCCGCACGUGGUAAGCUUCUACAACGACCUGGAGAUACGGGAGGAUAUCGUGGAGUUUCCGCCGGGCACGACGAUCAUCUCAAGAUGUGUGGACAUAGGAAAGUACGCCAUGAUUGGAACCAGCGUGCGCACGUGCGUUCGGUCGGAGUGGAGCGGGCAGAAACCGUCGUGCUUUGGAUUGAACCAGGAGAACGAUUAUGCAAUGGAAAAACCUCCAACCAUUUUGAUACGCCACCAGAACGGACCAAUCGCACAGAGCAACGACGGUAAGCUGAUCGUGUAUCCGGGCACAACGGUGCAUCUGGAGUGCUUGUGGAUGCGUCGGUUCGGCAAUCCGCGGUGGAAUGUUAGCCACGAUUACAGGAAAUAUCCAGAAGGAUGGAGCUCGGACGAAGGUCGUGAUCCGCAGCUAGAGUUUCGAAUCAGCAUCAUACACGCGGUGAAGGACGAUUCCGGUAGUUUCACGUGUGUGACACCGGCUCGACACACGCACACCGUGGAAGUGGUGGUGAAGGACGUUCAUUGCAACGAAAUCCAGGUCCGGCGAGGGUUGUCGGCAAGCACGAGCGAAACGAUGAUGGGAACGCGCGUCACGUUCUCGUGCACCAACGGAAAUGCACUGAUCGGUACGCCGGAAAUCACGUGUCUACCGAGCGGCAACUGGAGUGCGCCCUUGCCCGUCUGCGAGAGUGUCGAGUGUGGCGAGGUGCCGAUACAGCCGAGCAGCAACGGGUCGGCUCCCCGGGUUGCCAUCCUGUCGCGGGAGGUCGGAGGACGGGCGGCAUUCUCCUGCCCACCCGGAUAUGGUCUUCGGGGUCCGAGUGAAGCGAUCUGCCUACCAACCGGCGAGUGGGGUGGUCCGUUUCCGAGUUGCGUAGAGGUCCAAUGCUUCCACCCGGGGGCGCCCCAGAACGGAUACGCACAAGGGACUCCACCGUAUCGGGCCGGCGACGUGGUCCAGUUUAACUGCAACCCGGAGUACAUGAUGCAGGGUCAACCGAUCAUAGCCUGCCAGGACAAUGGCCGCUGGUCGGGUGGACUUCCGAAGUGUGUGCAAGCGUGCUCGUACCCCGGCACCGCCAUCAGCGGACGCAUGUCGUCGGUGAAGUUCUACUACUCGAUCGGCGAAAGCAUCACGUUCACGUGUGACGCCGGGCUGGAGCUGCGCGGUGCGAAGAUGCUCAAGUGUCUCAAGAACGGCAAGUGGUCGAACGCCAUCCCGACCUGCGUCAACCCGGACGCGCUGAACCAGCGCAGUGACGCCCGGCGACUCUUCAAGCGGGAGCAGAACUAAGGCGGGCGGGCCCAAGGACCAACGCGCCUCCCCCCCCCCAAACAAAGUAUCGGUUUCGAGAGUUGAUUUGUGGUGUGUGUGUGUGAAGGACGGCUCCUUCGCUGGAAGUAGGAAGGAAGUAAAGUAAAAAAAAAGAAAACAAACAACCGGGUCAGCAUGGCUGACCACGAGCGUGAGCGGGAGAACGACGUAAUCGGGAUUUGAUCUUGUUGAACUGUUGGCCGUGUUCGGGGUUUUCUUCCGUUUCCUGGACAAACCUUCUAUAGCUUCUAUCGGCAAUCCAGGGGAUUGCCCACCCCCCCCACACAAGGUACAUCCAUAGCCCAUCGAAUAGGACGUUAAUGCAUUGAUGAACAUUAUUCUCAUAAUAUACACAGGGAAGGAAUUGCGAUUGUUUGGGGUAGGUAGGGAGCACCAGCACCAGUUCCAAGGGUGCGCACACGAUGUGGUAUAGCUACUUAAUAAAGGAAAAGACAAAGUAUAGAGACUACCAACCAUUGCAUUGCGAUUUCAUGAACCGGUUUGAAUUAUAGGCGUUCUGGAUGUGGGAUGCAACACUGCAUGUAAUCGAAGGGGAGCCAAUUUUCCACCGAACACUUGUGACGAGGUGGCCAACCACCGUUCGCAACAUUGUUGCUGCUGUUGUGCUUAAGUAGGCAGCUUCCCUGAGGGUGCGCCGAUGCAAAUGGGCGCUUGUAAAUCACAACCAUAAGCGACCACGCAUGAGAGCAUCUCGUUUAAACACUGAAUCAUUAUUACUCACAAAUGAAGCAAUUAAAAACCAAGCAUAUAAACAUACAUUUACCCAUAUCAGCCGAUGCAAGGGAAGGGCGUUGCGGCAAUAAGCGUUGGGGCGUAAUUUAGCGAGAAAAGAGCAUUGUUUUGAGUUUGUCGCAAGGAACCGGAACUGGGUGCUCUGAUCGGUUAAGAACGUAUUUAAUGACAUUGCUAUCGUUUAGUUUGAUUUGUUUCCGUUUCCACAGCGGGGGUUGGUUCGCCUCAGUAGGCGACGAUUCUGGCGAUGCGUUGCUCCAACGCGUGUUACACCGGAUGUGCAUUGGGCCGCCGGGGACAGCUGGGGAUGAUGUAUUGGAUAGCGUUCGGCGAAGGACACCCGUGUCAUCCGUUUUAAUUACAGACAUUGCUGCUUCUGUUGCCGGUGCCGCUGAUGAUGACGAUGAUGAUGAUGAUGAUGAUGGAUUACAUGCACCGGUUGCUCUGACGAGGCUUUGAAAUAACUAAAUUGAUGCACAUUUAAUUGUAUAUCGAUAUCGGCGUUUGUUGGUUGAUUGGUUGCGUUUGAGCCAGUUUUGCUGAAUUCUAUUUUGCAACAGAUUGGUAGGAAUCAUUUGUUGUAGGUGUAAUUGUUCUUUUUUUUUUCUUCCCGCGUCUUUUUCCUGGUAGCAAACUAAACGGUUAGCAACCAUUUGCAUAUCGAUUCCCUCUCCGCCCAUACCGAUACAUCGAUCGCGUUUUGAAUCAUUGUGUAUGGUUGAUUAUAUUUAUUGGGAUGCCACCGCAGGACCUCGUCUCACCGCGGCAGGAAAAUGCCACCAAUUGGUACGCUGAUGGGUGGUAUGAAUAAUAAUAAUCGACAACUGACUCCAUCGCAAAUGUUCCGCGAUCGAUUGAAUCGCAAAUUGAAACGACGACGAAUCGUGCGUGUGUAUGUGUGGUACAAGAGUGGUACAAAAAAUUGCAUAAUUGAAAUCCAUCGGCACAAUCAAGCUGCGCUUUAUGCUUUCGCGUACCACAAACGUAACAUUGAUGAUAAUUUAUGCAUCACUCAAUUGCAGCAAAAUCAUGCGUUUGGUUUGGUUUUUGCGUGUUUCUCGUCUGUUGCGUUAUUCACGAAUGUAACUUGGUUCGCAAAUGGGGAGGGAAAAUGUUUUCCGUUGGAAGGAACACGGAAUAGCUUAUUUUGUCAAUUUUCAUUAGAUGGCGUUUUUUGCUGCUGUUUGUGUGUAUUUUUCCUUUUUUUUAUUAUACACUCCCUCGUAGCACCAAAUGAUCAUAAUUUUACGCCACAAUAUUCAGCACAGUUAUGGUGAAGUUAUGCGCACAAUUGACCCCGUUUGUUCGCGUUAUAAAUGUCAACUGUAAAUAAUGCAGGUGGAAAUGUAUUGAACAUAUUAUAUAUUAUAUAU